UUUAACAAAGACCUCGCAGUUUACUGAGAAUAAAAAUACACUCGUUUAAACUUUAAACACAAAUGUCUGUAUGCUUGUGCAGUUUCUUUUUAAUUCUUAUUAAAUGUUACUUGGAUAUAAUAUUUGACUUGGUAUACCAUCUUGGGUUCUUCAGAGCUGAUUUAUGUUAUAUAAAAAACAAUGUACUGAUAACACAUUUAUAAAUGUUUCAUAAAUUAAAUGUAGGAAAAUUGUAAUUAUGAUGGUGAUUUUCUUUUUAUCGAAACAGGAAAUAAUUUAAACAACAAACUCGAAAAUAUUUGUUCUACCAACAGCGACUCCUUUUACUGCGCGUUUAGUGCAUCUAUCAAUAUUUAAUAGAAUCCUUGCAGUAAGGUACACCUUAAAAAUUAAGGAACAAGACUUCCUUGAAUCAGUGUUUCUUCACUAGAUCUUCUUAGCCUUGACUAAACUGCCAUGAGAUUAGCUGAAUUGGAUACAUUAGCCUACUCGAGAUGCAAUUUUCCGGUCCUCCUCGCAACCAGCGACUUAACCCCGCAGCCCUCCCAAACAUCAGAACACCGCCGCCAGCUCCUUCGCAGUGACGAAAAAGUACAAUUGGCGUCUCCCGCGUCUCUCACUGCGUUUGUAUGGCGCAUCUUAAAGUAACAGCACAUACACAAACAAGAAGCUGGACAUUAUUAUAGCAGAAAUGCAACACAGAAGUGCAACAGAAGCAACAACAGCAUGCUAUUCGUAAGCAGAAGUAAUAAUAAUAAUCAUCAUCAUCAUCAUCAUAACCAUCAUCAUCACUGGCGAAAUGGGUGGCAAUCCAAUUGAAUACUCUGGGCAUAGCUAAAAAUUACUUUCUUUCAAAUAAAAAGAACUUAAAAUAAGAAAACCCACGGAUGCUGACCAACCAACAGCGCGAGAGAUUGGGAUGGAAGUCCAACUCCCGCUAUACCCCCUCGGCCCGUCGAUAUAUUAAGAUUUGGGUGACGUUAAGCGGCCAAUGAGCGUGCAGGAGGGGGCGUGACGCGCUCUUCCCCGUAGAAAAGGCGCGGAGUGUAGCUUAGGUCGGGAGACAGUGGAAUAGGAAUAAAGGCUGGCAGCUUUCUGCUGGAGUCUUACCGGGGAUUAUACAAACUCAAUGUAUAGACAACUCCUCCUCCUCAAUUACUCAUCCACAGAUCUGCUGGCACGGGAGAGAGGGAGAAAAACUUCCUAAGAAAACAGCUCCUUUAAGCAUUGCGAGCCUGCAAGCAACAUCUGAUAAUAACAUCUGAUUUCAUCUUCUAUCAAUCGUCACUAUAUUUUUUCUUUAGUGUCAUUAGUAGUACACACUUGCAGGAGCAUCGCCAGAACUGCAUCUGCAGUCUGCGUUUUUGUGUUUUUGCGUUUUCUUCGUGACAUUGGCAGUGAAGAAGUGACAGGAACAAGGAGAUACACUCACCAACUACACGCCGCUUCUACUCUCGCCCAUUCCUCCUGUUGUUAUGGGGAUAUUUUUGACGAAUGUACUAGCUGCUGAAUACUGAAGACACUGGAAGAGAACGCGGUAACAGACUUCUGCAGCUGCCACCGAAUCUCCAAUUGCUGAUCUGAAGAAGGCGCUUGCAGCUUCCUCCCGUCUGCCGCUGCGAUGCUUUUCCACGGCCUCCCUGGAGGCGAGAUGCACGGCGUUAUAGACGAGAUGGACCGGAGAGGAAAGAACGAUUCAGCGGGCAUCAGCUCGGCCAUAGAUAUGGGGGAAACCGAAACGAGCAUGCCCUCCAUGAGCAAUGAUCGAGUGUCCCUGUGUGCGGGCUGUGGGGGAAAGAUCUCGGACCGCUACUAUCUGCUGGCCGUGGACAAGCAGUGGCACAUGCGCUGUCUGAAGUGCUGCGAGUGUAAACUCAACCUGGAGUCGGAGCUCACCUGCUUCAGCAAAGACGGCAGCAUUUACUGCAAGGAGGAUUAUUACAGGAGAUUCUCGGUGCAGAGGUGUGCUAGGUGCCAUCUUGGAAUUUCGGCCUCGGAGAUGGUAAUGAGAGCGAGGGAUUUGGUCUACCACUUGAACUGCUUCACCUGCACGACCUGUAACAAGAUGCUGACGACCGGGGACCACUUCGGCAUGAAGGACAGCUUGGUGUACUGCCGGCUACACUUCGAAUCGCUCAUACAGGGGGAAUAUCAAGCGCAUUUCAAUCACACGGAUGUAGCUUCGAAAAGUGGAGGACUGGGAACAGCCAACUCGCUGGGACUGUCGUACUAUAACGGCGUGGGCACUGUGCAGAAGGGGCGGCCGAGGAAACGAAAAAGUCCCGGACCAGGAGCGGAUUUGGCGGCUUACAAUGCAGCCCUGAGCUGCAAUGAAAACGACGGGGACCUGCUGGACCGGGACUCCCAGUACAGCUCCAGCCAGAAGACCAAACGCAUGAGGACGUCCUUCAAGCACCACCAGCUGCGCACCAUGAAGUCCUACUUCGCCAUCAACCACAACCCUGACGCCAAGGACCUGAAACAGCUGGCGCAGAAGACAGGCCUGACCAAGCGCGUACUGCAGGUCUGGUUCCAGAACGCCCGCGCCAAAUUCCGGAGGAACCUUCUUCGGCAGGAAAGCUCGGGGGUAGACAAAGUGUCGGACGGGUCGGCCCUGCAGGGGGGCACCCCGUCGGGACCCGCCUCGGAGAUCUCCAACGCCUCCAUGAGCCCAUCCAGCACCCCCACCACCCUGACGGAUCUCACCAAUCCCACCAUGCCCACUGUCACCCCCGUGCUGACCGCCGGGCCCCUGGACGUGCACGAGUGCCGCAGUCCCUCACAGACCACCCUCACCAGCCUCUUCUGA